UUCCCAAGCCAAAAUCAGUCCCCUCUUUUUUCUCCCGAAAGAUAAAAAUUCAUCUCUUUCAUCAGAAUUAGGGUUUCGCUCCCCGCUCCGAGAUCUCUAGGGUUUUUUCCAAGUCCUCGCUUCGAAUCAUGAUUCUCGACACCAGCGGCCUCGAAUCGCCCUCCCUCCGCCCUUCCGUAUUCGACGAUCUCAGCUCCGAUCUCUCCGCUCCUCCAUCCUUCGAUCUCCCCGUUUGUGCUGACUUCGAUGGGUUCCAGAAGAAAGCGGUUCAAAUGGUGAAGCCGGCGAAAGGAACGACGACGCUGGCGUUUAUUUUCAAGGAGGGAGUCAUCGUGGCUGCUGAUUCUAGGGCUAGCAUGGGGGGAUACAUCUCUUCUCAGUCCGUAAAGAAAAUCAUUGAGAUAAAUCCUUACAUGAUUGGCACGAUGGCUGGAGGUGCUGCAGAUUGUCAAUUCUGGCACAGAAAUCUUGGUAUCAAGUGCCGACUACAUGAAUUGGCCAACAAACGGAGGAUUUCAGUUACUGGUGCUUCAAAACUUUUGGCUAAUAUUCUUUAUUCAUAUCGUGGAAUGGGCCUUUCAGUAGGGACUAUGAUUGCAGGAUGGGAUGAAACGGGUCCUGGAUUAUACUACGUGGACAGUGAAGGAGGAAGGCUUAAAGGGAACAGAUUUUCUGUGGGAUCAGGGUCACCGUAUGCUUAUGGAGUGCUGGAUAAGGGGUAUCGGUAUGACAUGUCAGUUAAGGAAGCCCAAGAGUUGGCUCGCAGAGCUAUUUAUCAUGCAACAUUUAGAGAUGGAGCUAGUGGUGGAGUUGUCAGCGUCUACCAUGUCAGCUCUAAAGGCUGGGAAAAGCUAUCUGGGGACGAUGUGGGCGAGCUGCACUAUCAGUAUUAUCCUGUUGUUCCAACCCCUGUGGAGCACGAAAUGACUGAUGCUCCUGCAGCUUGAGAGGCUCUCUUCGAUAAUUACAGUUUCGGGAGAUUUUAUGCAACUCAAGAUCUCUAGUCAUCUUUCUGUUGAAUUCUGCCGCUGUUUCCAUCUGUUCAGGCUAAAACUUUGUAUCUGUCAUCAGAUUUGAAAGUGUUUUCUAACGUUUGAAUGACAUAUUAUGUCCUUUGCUUUUGUUUUAGCAAUAGAGUUGCCGGGUUACUAAGCUAGAAGCAAAUGUUAUGGAUCUGGUUUACGCGUCU